GCCUACUGGUUAGUGACCAGGGUAGAUGGUGCUAAUGGGGUGUUUUAUGGUGGGGGCGAUAUGGAAUUCAGCCUGGAUCCCAUCCAAUUUAACUGUGUUUUGGGGCUGCCUAUGGGUACUCAGCCUGUACCAUCUCUUAAUGGAAACCUAGACACACGCCAUAGGAAUAUAGCAGACCAUAUUGUUCAGAUGUAUGGGGAUAGUGGUGGGGUUUCUGUUCAGAAAGCUUGGGAAUUUGCAGUUGGGAUGAGGGAUGGACAGGGUAAGGCGGUGGCUACUAUUGUCCCAAUUGUAACAAGAGAGGAGGAAUUUGAAUUUAGAAUAUCCUUUAUGAUUGUUAUACUGGAGCUGGUGUUGUGCCCAAGCACAGACGGGUUUACCUUGGCGGGAAGGUUGUUACCUGCCGCAUCGGUAGCACCGGAGUCAAAUUCAUAUGAUUGGUGCACGUUCUGUUUAGAGUGGCUAAAGAUAUGGUGCAAAAUGUUUGCACAUCAGUUUGAUCAGCAUGGAGUUGUUUCUGGAUUGGGGGGCUGCAGCCUAUUUUUGACGGUGUUCUACCUGGACCACCUGAAUGUUGUUCCUAGGCAAUGGUGUGUUAUGUCGAGGGUGGCUGUGUGGUCCCAAUCUGAUGUGGAUGCCCUGAUAGAGGCAGACAAGAAAGCUGGAGGUGACUAUGGAAGAACUCAGUCUGUUGAUGUUGCUUACGGCGAGAGACACCAUCCUCGAUUGCCAAGAGAUAUGCGGGGUUCCUACAUUGCAAAAGAGGUUCUGAAUGUUUUAACAAGCCAAUUUGAGAGAAUCGAGGAGCAAAUGCACAACCAAGGAGAGGUUUUAAGAAGUAUGAAACUUGAUUUGUCAAGAAUAGUAGGGGUGAGGGAACAAGAUAGUGGGUUGAAGGACACUCAAAGUGGAGGUACAAGUGGUGGUAGUGUGGGUGGUGUGGCUGUUUGCCCUGCUCUCGGAGGUACGCAGACAAUGAGGCCGACCACAAUUCCUACGGCCACUGCACAGCAGUUUGGAGUUCCGUCGCCGGUGGGUUUUGCACCGGCCUUUGGUUCAGCUCGGGGUUUUGGCACCCGAGGCUUUGGGUUCCCUCCUCCUUCCACUUCAGUCUCUCCAGUUUUGACUGAAGUACAAUCUCCUGCUCAGAAGCCGGUAAUCACCACUGAAAUUUUAAAGGGAGUUUCACCUCUUAGGAGCUCCCGGAAGAGUCGUACUGAUAUGGAGAAGGAAUUGGUUGCUUUCAUCAAGGAGUGCCAGGGAAAUAGCAAGGAUGAAGGACCAGAGUUGAUUGAGUUCGAUGGUUUAUGUCUAAGCAAAUAUCAGAUGUAUCAAAUGAUAGCAAUGGAUGAGUAUGCGGGGAUAGAAUACGUCAAAGUGGCUAGUAAGAUGUAUACUAGCAGGUGGAAGGCAGAAUUGGGUGCCGGUAGAGGACGAAGUGUAAUGCUUGAACCUGGUUUCGGGGUUAAGGUACAAACAAACGAACCCCCUCAGUCUCUUGUAGCCCCAUUCGGUGCCCCCUUUGAAAACCUCGUCAUUCGGGAAAUGUUUGUGGUUGUAGUACCCGUGUUGCACAUGUACUUCACACUUCCACCGCACACACGUUGGUAUUGUGUUGCAUUAUCCAUGAAGGAUAAGCGGAUUUGGGUCCUUGAUCCUACAUCAGACGAGCCUUUGUCUGAGCACGGUCGUCUGAUUAGCCACAUGUUGAAGUACUUGGACACCCUGUUUUACUCUAAAGACGAGUCAUGGGUAAAGGAUGGACUGAGUGGAUGGGGGGUUGACCUUGUUUCUGUCCCACCAAGCGAUGAUGUGUCAAGUUGUGUUGUAAUGCUAGCAUGGAUAAAGGACAUAGUCCAACGCAACAAAAUUUCUCCCACAUUCCAACCGGGUGCAAUAGAGGAUGCAAGGGUAUCACUUGCUGUUGAUGACAUCUUGUGCGAGUUGAAUGUGAGGAGACCUGAGGUGUACGACCUUAUUUCUGGGAGGCAAGUCCGUGUGUAGACCGUGUUUACGUGCUUGAACUUAAGUUUUUGGAUGUAUUUUGGAUGUAUUUCGGCAACU